UUUUCGUUUAGCCCAGAUUCUUGCAUCUAUAUUAUAAAAAUACCCUUAUAUGGGAUUGAUUGUGCAAUUAUUGGAUGUCAGAAUGAGAUUUGACCUCCAGUUCUGUUUGCUGUGUUAUGGUGACCUGGCUCUUAAACACACUGCAGUUAUUGAUUUGGCUGCAUCUUUAAUUUGUUUAUCCUUUUUUAAACCUUUCCACUGUUCCCUCUGAGUGAGCCCACCUAAAUGCCUGUGAGGCAGGCAGAGAGGAAGAGAGGGGGAAUUAGCCGCUGUUGUGCAGCAUAUGCGGGGAUGAUUCAUGUAUAAGAGGCAGAGCCAGGUGCAGAGCAAGCAGGAGUUCGGACCAGCACUCAGACCCAGGAUAAGCCCAGCCUCCUCAGAGCUGGAGACCCUCUCCCCGCCACGUCUCCCACCCUCACCCCGCGCCUCCCUCAGUGACAUGUACCCUGAAGAGAGCCGGGGCUCCGGAGGGGUAGCUGCUGUGGACUUCCUGGAAGGGACGUACGACUAUGCCACCCCCACCCCUGCCCCAACGCCUCUUUACAGCCACUCAAGCACUGGCUACUACUCUGCUCCUCUGGACGCCCAGGGACCACCGUCUGAUGGCAGCCUUCAUUCUCUGGGGAGUGGGCCGACCAGUCCUCUUGUGUUUGUGCCCACCAGCCCGAGGCUCAGCCCUUUUAUGCAUGCUCCGAACCACCACUAUCUGGAAACAGCCUCAACACCAGUUUACAGAUCCAGUCACCAGCCAGCCUCCAGAGAGGACCAGUGUGACACCCGUGACGAUGCAUGCAGUGUGGGGGAGCUCAGAGCAGGAGCCGGAGGGUUUGAGAUGGCCAAGGAGACACGAUUCUGCGCUGUUUGUAGCGACUAUGCCUCCGGGUACCACUAUGGGGUGUGGUCUUGUGAGGGUUGCAAGGCCUUCUUCAAGAGAAGCAUUCAGGGUCACAAUGACUAUAUGUGCCCGGCGACCAAUCAGUGUACUAUUGACAGGAAUAGGAGGAAGAGCUGCCAGGCUUGCCGUCUUAGGAAGUGCUACGAAGUUGGCAUGAUGAAAGGGGGUGUUCGUAAAGACCGCGGUCGUGUUCUUAGGCGUGACAAAAGACGGCCGGGCAUCAGUGACAGAGAAAAGACUGUUAAAGGCCCGGAGAACAGAGCUGCGCCCCAUCAUGAUAAGAGGAGACGCAGCAGUGCCCUUGGAGGAGGAAGAUCUUCAGUUUCCAGCCUGCCAUCUGAACAGGUUCUGCUCCUGCUUCAGGGUGCUGAGCCUCCAAUGCUGUGCUCCCGUCAAAAACUGAGCCGACCCUAUACUGAGGCCACCAUGAUGACCCUGCUCACCAGCAUGGCUGACAAGGAGCUGGUCCACAUGAUCGCCUGGGCGAAGAAGCUUCCAGGUUUUCUGCAACUCUCCCUCCACGAUCAGGUCCUUCUGCUGGAGAGCUCAUGGCUGGAGGUGCUGAUGAUCGGACUGAUCUGGAGGUCAAUCCACUGCCCUGGAAAACUCAUCUUUGCACAGGACCUAAUACUGGACAGGAAUGAGGGAGACUGUGUUGAGGGAAUGACUGAGAUCUUUGACAUGCUGCUGGCCACCGCUUCCCGCUUCCGAAUGCUCAAACUGAAACCUGAGGAAUUUGUUUGCCUUAAAGCUAUUAUACUGCUCAACUCUGGUGCCUUUUCUUUCUGCACCGGCACAAUGGAGCCCCUUCACGACAGCGCGGCCGUUCAGAACAUGCUGGACACCAUCACAGAUGCGCUCAUACAUCACAUCAGCCAAUCAGGAUAUUCGGUUCAGCAGCAGGCGAGACGACAGGCUCAGCUGCUGCUGCUGCUUUCCCACAUCAGGCACAUGAGCAACAAAGGCAUGGAGCACCUCUACAGUAUGAAAUGCAAGAACAAAGUGCCUUUGUAUGAUCUGCUGCUGGAGAUGCUUGAUGCUCAUCGCCACCACCCAGUCAAACCGCCUGAGUCUUCAUCUCCGGAUGACGACAGAAACCCUCCCUCCACCAGCAGCUCUAGUGGUGUUUGUGGGAGCAGCUCCUCAUCAGCAGGUUGUAGUUCAGGACCUCGAGGUAGCAGCGAGAACCUGAUCAGAAUUCCCUCGGCUCCAGGGGUCCUGCAGUACGGAGGGUCUCGCUCUGACUGCACCCAGGUCCUGUGA